AUUGCUGGCCGCGUUUUCAAUCCAAUUUCCAAUAUGAAAAUCCGUAAUUUCUGUUGUACGUGACGAAAAAAUAGUCCGAAGGAGGAGGAGUAAAAUAGAAAGAGGAGACGGCCCAAAUAGAUUAGAGGAGUAUUUUAAGCCCAUCGGCCCAAAUAACAAAUGGCAAUAUGCAAUUCUAAAAAUCUUCCUCCCCCCAAAUUGCUUUCAGCGAAUUCGCUUAAAUCUCGAAGUGAAUUAGGGUUUUGAGGAGGGAAAUCUGGGAGAAAAAUGUCUGUGAUGAUUGUGACGAGCUUGGGAGAUUUAGUCAUUGAUUUGUUCACCGAUCGAUGUCCUCUCACUUGCAAGAACUUCCUCAAGCUUUGCAAGUAUGUACAGUAAUUCAGUGUUCUUCCACUUUCCCUCGUUUUUUCCUGCGAAAAUAUGUUUGCUUCAUGCAUGCGUACUUGUGUAUUUUGAAUGAUGACAUGCUGUAUUAUAGCUAAAAAAGUAUCACGUAUGAGCUAAUUUCUGAGCCUUCUUUUGUUUCUUAUCGAGCCUUGUGUUUUAGUUUUUAAAGAAAUUGGGAUAUGUAAUUGGGCAUUGUAGGAUGACUUUUAAUUUUACAUCAGGAAGUUGAAUCGUGGUGGGAAUCACAACAGUAAUGUGAUUGCACAUAGGGCUGAAUUCCGGUCAUGUUUCUGUUUGCUAGUUGAAGGUAGGAAGUUUCCACAUCGAUAAUCCGUUGACACUAGAAUAAUCCAACACGUUUUCUUGUGACUAAUUCUUUGUAUGGUGUGUGACUCGUGAUAUGAACCGGUCAUGUUUGUGUUUAUCCGUGUCAUUUUUGGGAUACGAUUCUUAUUGUGUCACACACUGCUAGUCCCUAUGGAAAUAUUGUCUGCAGUUCCAAAUAACAUCCCGACUUCCUACCUAGUCUGAGCGGCUUUUUUCAGUUGACUUGGAAAGUUCACAGAGGAAUGAGUUCAUCGGUGGAAGAAUCUGAUCAAGUAUUACAAUGGCUGCCUCUUUCACACGGUCCAGAAGGAUUUUACGGCACAGACUGGUGAUCCUACUGGAACGGGUUCUGGUGGUGAUUCUGUGUAUAAAUUUUUAUAUGGAGAGCAAGCUCGUUUUUUCGGUGAUGAGAUCCAUUUGGAUUUGAAGCAUUUGAAGACUGGCACAGUUGCCAUGGCUAGUGCUGGGGAGAAUCUAAAUGCAUCUCAGUUCUAUAUAACAUUGCGUGAUGAUCUGGACUACCUCGACGGGAAGCACACAGUCUUUGGGGAGGUAGCAGAAGGUCAUGAGACACUUACUCGGAUAAAUGAAGCUUAUGUGGAUGUGAAAAGUAGGCCUUAUAAGAAUAUCAGGAUAAAGCACACUUACAUACUGGAUGAUCCUUUUGAUGAUCCUCCGGAAUUAUCUGAGUUAAUACCUGAUGCUUCACCUGAAGGAAAGCCAAAAGAUGAGGUUGAUGAUGAUGUUCGACUCGAAGAUGACUGGGUGCCAAUGGAUGAGACCCUAGAUACGCAACAGCUAGAGCAAGUUUUGCGUGAAAAAGAAGCACAUUCCAGAGCAGUAGUGCUUGAAAGUAUUGGGGACAUUCCUGAGGCUGAAAUCAAGCCUCCAGAUAAUGUGUUGUUUGUUUGCAAGCUAAAUCCAGUAACCGAAGAUGAGGACCUCCAUACCAUUUUUUCACGGUUCGGGACAGUGACAUCCGCUGAUAUCAUCCGGGAUUAUAAAACGGGUGACAGUUUGUGUUAUGCUUUCAUUGAGUUUGAAGACAAAGAGGCCUGUGAACAGGCUUAUCAUAAGAUGGAUAAUGCUUUAAUUGACGAUCGGCGUAUACAUGUUGACUUUAGUCAGAGUGUUGCAAAGCUCUGGUCCCAAUAUCGGCGGAGAGGCCAGGGAAAUAAAGAAAAAGGUUGCUUUAAAUGCGGUUCUCUUGAUCAUAUUGCCAAGGACUGCACAGGAGACCCGACGAACUCUCAUCAGCUGGGGAAGUACAUACUGAAGGAUGGAAAUGGUCAGCACGGUAAUUCAAGCUAUGACAUGGUUUUUGAUGGAGAUGAUCUUCAAGGUCCCAAACGCAGUAAGAUGCCAAGAGAUCAAAGAGAUAUUGAAAAUGAAAAGGAUAAAAGACGACAAGUGGAUGGUGAAGAACGGCAUACAAGAAAAGAAGCCAAUUACCGCCACAGGCAUGAUGAAAGAAGUAGAGAUCUCCGACACCAAACAAGAGAUAGAGACAGCAGAUUAAGGGAUGAGGGGGAAGAUUAUAGAAGAAAAGAUUACAGAGGUAGAGACAGGAGCAAGAAAGAGGACGAGAGGUAUGAAAAGAGUAGAGAUCGAAAAGAUCCGGAUGAUUUGAGGCAUCGAAACAGAAGGGAUGAAAGGAAAGAUUCCGAUGAUUUGGGGCAUCAGAUCAGAAGGGAUGAAAGGAAAGAUUCCGAUGAUUUGGAGCAUCGAAACAGAAGGGAUGAACGGAAACAUUUAGAUGAUUUGGGAGGGAUUCGAAGCAGAAGGGAUUAUAAGGAUUCUGUAAGGGAAGGCCACGAUGAUAGAAGUCGGCAUGAGUCGAGAGAUGAGCAAAACAGUAGAAAACGGGCCGACAUUGAUUGUCGCAAUGGAAGAGGCGAAGAACAAAUUUCUGGAAAGAGAAGGAUGAAAGAAGAUGAUACUACCUCUCGUGGUCGCGGAGAUCAUGAUCGUGAUAGUCGUAGAAGACACUAAAAUAUGGGACACUGGUGUGAUCUCGUAUUUACCAGUUUAGGAUCACAGGGAAAGACAGUCUUUUUGACAAUGUUUUGAAUACAUUCUUCCCGUGGUAUCAACUUUAACUUGUUGUCAACGAACUAUGUCUUAGAAAUUUCAUGUCUAGGGUGCAUCUACUAAGUUGGAAUUUCCGUAUUUAUAAAUAAUUCUAACUUGAUAGUCAUUAUGGUUAUUAGCAACAGCCGGAAAAAUCAUUGGAACAGUUCUUUUGCAAAAAUCUAAUAGAAACAUAGUGCAAC